CCCGGCUCGUGGGGACAGCACGGGGCUGGCACGGCCAAGAGCCCUGGCUCCGGUGUCACUUGUUGUCCAUGCCCCGCAUGGACACGUGUCCGCCGCAGGGACAGCCAUGUCCCCGAGGGGACAGGACUGGCUGUCCCAUGGAUCCUCCUGCCCAUACCGGCUGUCCAGAGGGUUCCUGGGGACAGCUCUGCCCCCGCCACAAUGUCCCCCGCGUCCUUCUGUCCUGGGGUCCCUGUGUUGUGCUCACGGUGAAGAGGGACCCCUCCACCAGGACACGCUUCUGGCUGGAUGUGGGGACUCUGCGGGCACUGCUGGGCACUUGCCAUCUCCCACGGGACUCAUCCUGCUCCUCCCUGUCCCCUCACCAGCAGCGAGGCGGAGCAGGGGCGCUGUGCGAGCCCCGGCGCAGGUUUGGCUCUCACAGCCCAUGGGUGGCACCGAGGCACGGCCACACUGUGUGUUUGGGACACCGCAGGCUCCGACAGAUCCCUCAGUGGCACAGCCACCAUGUGUCCAGGAUGCACCAGGCUCAGACAAGUCCUUUGGUGGCACCAAGGCAUGGCUACACCUUGUGGUUGGGAUGCUCCAGGCUCUGAUAGAUCCCUUGGUGGCACUGUGGCACAGCCACCACGUGCCCAGGAUGCUGCAGGUUCUGACAUGGUCCUUAGCGGCACCAUGGUGUGACCGUACCGUGGUUUUGGGAUGCUCCAGGCUCAACUGUGUCCCUUGAUGGCACCAUGGUGUGUCCACACCAUGUGUCCAGGAUGCUCCAGGCUCAACCGUGUCCCUUGAUGUCACCAUGGUGUGUCCACACCAUGUGUCCAGGAUGCUCCAGGCUCAACCGUGUCCCUCGGUGGCACAGCUGCUCCAUACGUUGGGGACACUUGGGGGUCAGCGUGGCGUUGUGCCAUGUGUCCAGGCUCAGCACCCCAACCCAUGUGGGAGCAGCUGCUGCCUCGGGGCCAGCGGGGUGGCCGGUGGCACGGGGCCAGCGAGCAGCCACAUGCCCGGGCAGCCGGUGCGCACCGUGCCGGCGCAGCCGGGGGGGACCCGCUCCGUGUGCCGCCUGCCGGAGCCAGACAGUUGUUUAAUUUCCCAGGCGCUGGUGGGAGGGGGAUGGAAAGUUUCCCGGGGCCGAGGCUGGGACGGCCGCACGCUUCCUGCUCGGCACCGUCCGGUACCGUGGCCUGGCCGCUGUGCCGGGGGUCCCUGGGCCAUGCUGCCCACCGCGCCCCGCUCACCGGAGCCUUCGCCGGCGGCCUCGCCCCGCAAUUCCCCCAUCCUCUUCAGGAAGCUCCUUAUGAACCAGAGCAUCCGCCUGCAGCGGCGCUUCACUGUGGCGCAUCCCCUCUGCUUCGACCUGGAGAAUGGCCCCCCCGGGCGGGGCGCGCUGGACCCCCAGGCCAGCCCGGGCGCGGGGCUGGUCCUGCAAGGCACCUUCCCCCACGGCCAACGCCGCGAGUCCUUCCUCUACCGCUCCGACAGCGACUAUGACCUGUCCCCAAAAGCCAUGUCCCGCAACUCCUCCAUCGCCAGCGACCUCCACGGAGAAGACAUGAUCGUCACGCCGUUCGCCCAGGUCCUGGCCAGCCUCCGCACCGUCCGGAACAACCUGACCCACCUGCAGGACCGCGCCGGCAUGAAGCGAGCGUCGAGCAGCAGCCUGCCCUCCGGGAGCAAGGGCAGCAUCGCUGCAGAAGAUGCCCACCAGAAGCUCUCGAGGGAGACCCUGGAGGAGCUGGACUGGUGCCUGGACCAGCUGGAGACGCUGCAGACCAGGCACUCGGUCAGCGAGAUGGCCUCCAACAAGUUCAAACGGAUGCUGAACCGGGAGCUGACGCACCUCUCGGAGACCAGCCGCUCCGGGAACCAGGUCUCCGAGUACAUCUCCAGCACUUUCCUGGACAAGCAGCAUGAGGUGGAGAUCCCCUCGGCACUGGCCAAGGACAAGGAGAAGGAGCGGAGGAAGCGCCCCAUGUCCCAGAUCAGCGGUGUCAGGAAGCUCACGCAUGGCUCCAGCCUCACCACCGCCGGCAUCCCCCGCUUCGGAGUGCAGACGGACCAGGAGGGGCUGCUGGCCAAGGAGCUGGAGGACACCAAUAAGUGGGGGCUUAACGUGUUUAAAGUCGCCGAGUAUUCAGGCAACCGCCCACUGACGGUCAUCAUGUACAGCAUCUUCCAGGAACGUGACCUUAUGAAGACCUUCCGCAUCCCCGUCGACACCUUCAUCACCUACAUGCUAACGCUGGAGGACCACUACCAUACUGACGUGGCCUACCACAACAAUAUCCAUGCUGCCGAUGUGGCUCAGUCCACUCAUGUCCUCCUCUCCACGCCUGCGCUGGAGGCUGUCUUCACAGACCUGGAGAUCAUGGCUGCCAUCUUUGCCAGCGCCAUCCAUGAUGUUGACCACCCUGGUGUCUCCAACCAGUUCCUGAUCAACACCAACUCAGAGCUGGCACUGAUGUACAAUGACGCUUCGGUGCUGGAGAACCACCACCUGGCUGUUGGUUUCAAGCUUCUCCAGGAGGAGAACUGUGAUAUCUUCCAAAACCUGAGCAAGAAGCAAAGGCAGUCACUCCGCAAAAUGGCCAUUGACAUGGUGCUGGCUACAGACAUGUCCAAGCACAUGAAUCUGCUGGCGGAUUUGAAGACCAUGGUGGAGACCAAAAAGGUGACCAGCCUGGGAGUGCUGCUGCUGGACAAUUACUCCGACCGGAUCCAGGUCCUGCAGAACAUGGUGCACUGCGCUGACCUCAGCAACCCCACAAAGCCGCUGGACCUGUACCGGCAGUGGACUGACCGUAUCAUGGAGGAGUUCUUCCACCAAGGCGACCGGGAGCGGGAGAAGGGGAUGGAGAUCAGCCCCAUGUGCGACAAGCAUACCGCCUCUGUGGAGAAGUCACAGGUGGGCUUCAUUGACUUCAUCGCCCACCCGCUGUGGGAGACGUGGGCUGACCUGGUGCACCCCGAUGCCCAGGAGAUCCUGGACACGCUGGAGGACAACCGGGAAUGGUACCAGAGCAUGAUCCCACGCAGCCCGUCCCCACCACCCGAGGGACCUGGAGUGUCCCCCGCCAACACUGACAAGUUCCAGUUUGAGCUGACGCUGGAGGAGGAGGAAGAGGAGGGUGAGUCGGACACGGAGCUGGAGGGGGCUGAGAGCCCCUUGGAAGAGGACAACAGUGGCUCUAAGACACCAGCCACAGAUGACUCGGAGCCGGCUGACACUGAGCACCUGUCACCUGGCCCCGGGGACCAGGACUCGCCUGUCACCUGCCCCAGGGACGUGGACAACCGGCAGGCGCUGGCGGGGACGCUGCCCGGGGAUGGCGGUGGGCAUGCGGUGUCGCGGCCCGAGGGCAGCCAGGGGCUAUGCCUGGACACGGAAGGCAAUGUCACAUUCCUGCCCCUCGGCACGUAGUGACACCGGCCGGUGGGUCCCCUCGCUGCCGUGGGGACGUGGGACUGGGUGCUGCCCUGGUAAGUGCUGGGGACAGUGGAGAGCGCUGGUACCACAGGGACCGAGGUGGCCACCGGGACACGGAGGAACCCAAUGUGUGUCCUCGUGCAGGAGAUGGACACAUCCUGAUGGGCA